GACAAGAAAAACAGAUUUUAUAUCAUUUCUGCUUUAGCUGAUACCAAGUGCUAUCUCAGCGGCUUGGAUUAGGAAAAAGGGGGUCUCAGAAUGACACCUGAAGAGGCUCUGAGUGAAAUACUUCAGGCCUGUAAAUUAAAAUUAGGAGAUCUUAAAGGAGCAUUAUUCGAUGCUGAGUUUGCACUGCAUGAAGAGGACAACAAUGUCAAAGCAUUUUUCCGGCAAGGACAGGCACAUAUGGCACUCCAUGACAUAGAUGCUGCAGUUGAAAGCUUUAAAAAUGCACUGGUCUUAGAGCCAAAUGAUGUCUCAUCCUAUGAUCACAUUCGAGGAAAGAUCAAGAUUGUGUAGAUGUCUUAAUUACAUUAAACUCGACUUUGAAGCUGGUAAGGAUCUGGCCAAGAAACCCAGAAUAACUCCAAGGAUUGCAAUGCAGGCUCUUAUUUCUCAGCAAUAAAAAAUUGUAACACUGGACUAUGAUGAGACUGGGACUCCAAGAAAGAAGAAUCCUUAUCAAUUAGUUUUGUACAAAAAAGGUAAGAGGAACAGCUUCUCCAAGGAGAAAAAAGACAUGACACUAAACAUGGAUAAAAUACAAUCGAAGGUAGUAGAAUUGGAAUAAUUAUGCAAGGAAAUGAACUCAAAGAUGGUUAACUGGAAUGCAUCGUUUAAUCAUGCUCAUGCCAGAUCCUCACCAAUAUUAUGCUGAUCAUCUUCAACUUGUGUUAGUACUUGAAUUGUAUAAAACUAAUUGCAGGGAACCUAUUGAAAUAUAUAAGUAAUAUUCGACAAGAUUGUAUAAAACUAGGAACAUAAUGGGUAUAAAGUUUUUGCUACCUAGUGAAUAUAAUUACUGCCUAA